UCUUCUCUCACAUAACUAAUGUAAUAAUGAAAUUCACCUGUUAUGAACUAAACAAAUGUUAAUGUUUCUCAAAAAUUGAUGGUCUAUGCAGUUAUAAACAUGAACUUUUCUUCCUGAAAACAGCAUAAUGUCCACGUAUUAGCACACCUCAAUCUUAAUAAAUGUGAUUAAUGACGCAUUUUUUACCACGCACCUAAAAGGUAAUUUUUUUUUUGAAAGACAUUUUGAUUGGUGGCUAUAGACAAUCCUGUACACACGCAUAAGAAAAAAAAAAUCAAAACCAAAUAAAUUUUAAAUCGCGUUUGUUUCAAUUUUAUUUUUAAUCAGAUGUUUCUUAACUCUACAGGAAAUAUAAAUGUAUAGUAGAAUGAUGUUUAAAAAUAGCCUAACUGUUGUUAUCCUUUGUAUAUCAAGUCUUUGUUGCGAUGGAUGGAUUCUACACGCGAAAUCCCUUUGUAAGGAGAUGAAUGAGAAUAGUGCAAAAGGAAGCAAUAUAACAAUCAAGUACACAAUACGUAACCAUUUUGCGGAACCUUGGUUUGAAUAUGAACAAAACGUGACGUCAGAGGCGGGUCAACCAUUCAUUAGGUUCAUGGAGCAGGCGGCAGAAAACGAUAUCAACUUCCAAUUCUCUUCGAGACACUCUAGCAAGCAAGGCUAUGCUGUCGAGGGGCUUGGAAAAGACAUGUUAGCUGGUACUCCUGGUUUGGCUCACUGGCGGUUUCUUAAAGCGCCAUCUACCGUCCUAAGUCUAGAUGUGAGUAGAUACAUACCAAAAGAUGGUGACCAUUUAAUCUUGGACUUUGCCACAGUCUGGGAUUUUGCCAUGUAAAGGGACGUUUUUGCAGACCAUUUCAUCAGAAAUCCACCAUGCGUUGAUAAUUGUAUAAAUUAUGAAUUUAUAUUUGUUCCUUGUUCAUAUACAAUUGGUAUUUUUGUAUUAAUUUAUUAAAAGAAAUAUCUUUAUACAGUAUGUAUAUUAAAGUUUAUCAUAUGUUUUACUUUAUAUGAAAUUAUUUGAAAAAGUAAGACAAAAGACAAA